AGUUGUUCCAUAGUUCAUCUUAGUGAAGUUCAUUCAUUAUACACAUUUAUCAUUUCUAUUAUUCGGCAAUACAUUGAUCACAUUAGUUUAAAUUGGCUAUUUUUGGUUUAUAUCGUGGCAAUGUCGGAAAAAACGGAUAGCGGCAUGAAAGCGCGUGUGGUUCUCCAGCAGUGUCUGCAUGCACGACUUCAGGUCAAACCUCCAGAUGAGGAGAGUGAAGCUGAAUGGGUUGAGGUUAAUAGAGGAAUGGUUAUCUACAUCUGCUUUUUCAAAGGUGCAACUGAAGAUUUAAUCCCCAAAAUGGUAAACACGCUGCUGAACGUGAAGCUUUGUGAGACAGAAUCAGGAAAGUUCACCUCAGUUCUUCAGCUACCUGGCAGUGUUCUCAUUGUACCACAAGCCACACUCGGAGGAAAACCGAAGGGACGAGGGAUGCAGUACCACGGCAAUAUUGGGAAAGAUGAAGGAUUGAAGCUCUAUGAAACCUUUGUGUCUCUCUGUCAAAGUGAGCUCUCGUCCUGCAAAAACAGUGACAUUCUUACAGAGGUCAAGCAUGGAACGUAUGGAAACAGACAAGUCCUGAAGCUGGAUACAAAUGGACCUUAUACACAUCUAAUGGAAUUUUAAGAAUGAUACAUUUUCAGUUGUUUGUAAAUCAGUAAUAUAUUGGUGGAUAAGGGACAUGAGUUGAUUUACUUAAUUCAGAAGUAUGAAAGACGGUUAAUUCAUGUUUAUAUUUGCACUCCUAAAUAAAAUAUAUGCAAGG